AAAACCAUCAGCCUUUCCAAGCCCCAGUGAGCACAGCACUGAGGUGAUGGUUGAGAGCCAGGGACGUGCCCGACAUGCCUCCAGUGCCUGUGAUGAAGAGCUGGAUGAAGGAGUCAAGACCGACCUUUCCACAGUCCUACGCUGUGCUGUAGCCAUGAGCCAGGGAGCCGUGAGCAAGGCACCAAGUGCUCCCUCGGCCACAGGACCCAGCGUGCCUCCUCCCACAGCAGAGCCUGCAGAAUCUACAUCCUCAGCAUCUGCCUUGGCUGGAGCACUGGGGGACCUGGCACACACGGGAAGCACAGGGAGAGCAACGAGAUCAGCCGGGGUCCAGACAGACGUGGAGAGGAGGCGGACCACUGCUCUGCCAGGGCCUGAUUCCCGGGUAUGCGCAGGAGCAAGGGCUUCCAGCAGAGACCUUGCAGCAGCUAGCCCAGGCCAGGGUAAGAAGAAAAUACAACAGAGAGAGAAACACGUCAAACCCAGGCAGGGGACAGGCAACGAGGGGACAAGCCAAGGCCGGGGCAGGAAAGAGAGCAGUCCUGGGGGAUGGGAUGAAGAGGAGGGGAUCGUCAUCCUCAACUCCUGGAUCAACCCCAGGUUCGCCAGCAUCUUCACAGACCCACAGGACGUUCCCCAGGAAGAGGGCAGCGCAGCCAGCAGUGUGGACAGGGAGGCUGCAGCACAAGAAGCAGAACAUCCAGCAUGUGCCUCUCCUGGCUCGCUGCAAACCACGGACACUGCCCCAUCAGCUGCUCCCCUGGAAGAAGGUCCACGGGAAGAGAGGCACAGUACGCCUCUCACAACAGCACUGGCACAGAGCAGGCCAGCAAGUCCUCCAGCAGCCCCUGCUCUGGAAGAUGAGGGACACAGAGCACCUCCCCUGACACGUGGGGCUCAACAGUCGAAGCCAUCAGCCUGUGCAAGCCCCAGUGAGCACAGCGCUGCCGUGAUGGUGGAGAGCCAGGGACGUGCCCGACAUGCCUGCAGUGUCUCUGAUGAAGAGCUGGAUGAAAGAGUUGACACCAUCGUGGCUGCAGUCCUACUCCACUCUGUAGCCAUCAUCCAGGGAGCCCCAAGCAAGGCAGCAAGUGCUCCCUGGGUCACAGUGCCCAGGGUGCCUCCUCCCACACCAGAGCCUGCAGAAUGUACAUCCUCGGCCUCUGCCUUGGCCGGAGGCCCUGUGGGGGAGGCCAAUGAAGCCCCUCUCGCUGCAGCAGCAGCGCCACAAGAAGAAGGUGGAGAAGGGGCUUCUCCUUUGGCUGCAGAGCCUCUCCAGGAGCCCAGCAGAGAUUUCCGCCCAGCAGCAGCUGACAAAGCAGGAGCAGCAGCCAGUCCCUUGGUUCCUGGGCACCAGGUGGCCAUCGAGCAGGGAGGCCAAGCGCAGUCCUCCUCCUGCACCAAAGAUACGACAGCAGAUGAGCCAGCAACAUCCCAGACACAAGCACCAUCCCAGGAUCUGUUGGCCGGGCCUGUUCAGCGCAGCGAGCAGCAGCAAGCACAAGGCAUCCAUGACCUCGCACAAGCCCCGGCACGCCAGCCACGGCCCUCCCGCAUCAGGAGGGCACUUCGCGCGCUGCGCAGGGCUUUCCGCUGCAGCUGCAUCACAGGACAGCGAGAGUAGCCGCGCCCGGCUGUGCCAGUACCAGGAGGAUGCUCGGAGCUGGCAGCUGGCCCUCAGGAAGCUUUGCAGCGCCCACGGAAGCAUCACUGCGAGGCACAGGACAGCGCCCCAGGAAUUCAGAUGCCCCACCACAU